AUGCGCCGCUUCUCGGCCGCCGGCGCGCGCCAGCAGCAAGGGGAGGCCGUCUCCGACCGCCUGCACCGCUACCGCGGGGUGCUGAUGGUGGUGCUCUCGCCGGUGCUCCUCGUCUCCUUCGUGCUCCUCCUCAUGCCGCGUUCCCCGGCCUCCGUCACUGGCGGGGCCUCCGGUGUGCUCCUCGCCACUGGAGGCAGGAGGUGGGGACCCCAGGCCGUCGGCGGAGUUGGUGACGGAUCGAACAGGUAUGCGGUGAUAUUUGACGCCGGAAGCUCCGGGAGCCGCGUGCACGUGUACUGCUUCGACGAGAGCCUGGAUCUUGUUCCUAUAGGGAAUGCGAUCGAGGUGUUCAAGCAGAAAAAACCAGGCUUGAGUUCUUAUGCCAAGGAUCCUCAGGAGGCUGCCGAGUCACUUGUUUCUCUUCUUGAGGAAGCUGAAAAAGUAGUUCCUGUAGAAUUGCGUGAGCAAACACCUGUCAGGGUUGGGGCCACCGCAGGUCUCAGAGCAUUAGGAGCUGAAAGGUCUGAAGAAAUUUUGCAAGCGGUUAGGGAUCUCCUUCGUGACAAGAGUUCUUUCAAAUCCGAACCAGAUUGGGUCUCUGUUCUAGAUGGAUCUCAGGAAGGUGCAUUCGCGUGGGUUACCAUCAACUAUCUGUUGGAGAAAUUGGGAAAGCCUUACUCACACACUGUUGGAGUGGUUGACUUAGGUGGUGGUUCUGUCCAAAUGGCUUAUGCUAUCUCAGAAAAGGAUGCAGCAAAGGCUCCUCAAGUUUCAGAUGGCGAAGAUUCAUAUGUGAAGAAGCUGGUACUUAAGGGAACAACAUAUUAUCUUUAUGUUCACAGUUAUUUGCAUUACGGUUUGCUGGCGGCUAGAGCAGAGAUCUUAAAAGCCGGUGAAAACAGUGAUUACAGCAACUGCAUGUUGGAUGGAUAUCAUGGGAAAUACCAAUAUGGUGAUGAUACAUUUGAGGCCUCAGGUUCAUCAUCUGGUGCUACUUAUUCCAAGUGCAGGGCUGUUGCAGUCAGAGCUCUUAAAGUUGAUGAACCGGCAUGCACUCACAUGAAAUGCACAUUUGGUGGCGUGUGGAAUGGUGGUGGUGGAGAUGGACAGAAAAAUCUUUUUGUAGCAUCAUUUUUCUAUGACAGGGCUGCCCAGGCUGGUUUUGUAAACCCGAAGGCAGCAGUUGCUAAGGUUAAACCAUCAGACUUUGAAGAAGCUGCACGACGUGUUUGUAAAUUGAAUGUGAAGGAGGCACAUGCCACCUAUCCUGAUGUUUCGGAGGAAGACAUUCCAUUCCUUUGCAUGGAUCUUGUUUACCAGCACACAUUACUUGUGGAUGGAUUUGGUGUGGAUCCCUAUCAAGAUAUUACGUUAGUAAAGAAGGUGCGUUACGGCAGUUCGUUUGUGGAAGCAGCAUGGCCCCUUGGUAGUGCCAUUGAGGUUGCAUCUUCAUCAUAG